AUGUAUGGUUUAAUUUCAUUGGGGAUUUUCGUGUUACUUCUGAAUAGCGCACAGUCACAAGAGGAAUGUUUUGCAGCGUGCGCCGAAACUCAGGAAAAGAUCCAAGCCGCGUGCAAGGAAGGGUGCCGUCUGCAAGUAAUUCUUGCAUUUGCAUCCAACAGCGAUGUCAUAUCAGCGAGAGAAGACUGUUACAAUGGUUGUGCCAAGUCAUAUAGUGAUGACGAAGAGAAGCAAGCUUGCUCAUUUGGUUGCGACAAACAGCCAGAUAUGAAGAAGAUUCGUGUAUCGAUAACUAACAAGAGUCCUACAUUUGAAGUGGCCCGUGGAGUAAUGGAGAAGAUGAUGCAUCGCAUAAGCAAUUCAUUCCCAUCACUGGGGGGAUUUGGUUCAACUUCCUCGGAGGAACAUGGUGAUGGAUUCUGGGAAGAUCCACUUUGGCAGUUCCAUUUUCGCAUGCAGAAUGAAAUGGCGCGACUCCACCAAAUUGCUCAGAAUGUUCUUAAUUUGCAACGUGCGCGAACUGUCAUGCCAAUUAUUGCUAAAAACAGACCAGAAGGACACGAGAGGAAUGCAGUGGAAGGAUUCCAUGUUGGAAACAAUGACAAGAAUGGUGAAAAGAUUAUGGAGGUGAAGCCAGUAGAAUCGAAAAGUAAGGAGCAACGGCUUCUAGGAUAUGAGGGCGAAAAUCCAACUGUUAUGGAUGUUUCAGAAUCGUCGCUUCUCUCUCGACUGGCAUCACGAGCUCGUCGUCUUUCAGUACUUAGUCAAUGGCUUGUUUGCGUUGCGCUUUUCCUUUGUUUUGUUUCAAUGCUUUCUAUCUCGGUGGCAAUCUUGAAACAAAUAAAGUCACAAAAAUAUCUUAAUCUGAGGAACAUGCAUUCAGUUAUUUCGCCAACAUUCACAGAACCUUUUGCGGCAAAGAAAAUACCUUUGGAAUCGACUGCUGUAGUAACUGAUUAUCCACUGAUUCAUGAUUCUCCUCCGCCAGCUUAUGAUCAACUUUCAGUUCACAAGGAAAAAUCUGAAAACGACACUAAUAAUUCUGAUCCUAAAGUUUAA